AUGACCCGGAAACACACAUUCGGUCUCGACAAGCCUUGGGCUUCCCAGUUCGCUGCUCAACUACCUCAACUGCCGGACUACUCCUAUGGCAUGCCGGCUCCAGUUCCAGCUCCGAUGUCCAAGCCAGCUGUGACCACGGCUCCCAUCAACCCCGAUGACUACUCGAAGCCCUACCUUGAGUUUAUGACCUCCAACCCCACCAUUUUCCACGCUGUCGAUACCUUCGCCAAACAGCUUGAGCAGCAUGGCUACAAGAAGCUUUCCGAACGUGCGGUGUGGACCUCGGAUCUAAAGCGGGGCGGGAAAUUCUACGUUACGCGCAACAGCAGCUCGCUGAUUGCUUUCAAUAUUGGCAAAGAAUACGAGAGUGGUAACGGUGUGGCCAUUGUUGCUGGCCACGUGGAUGCUCUCACCGCUAAGCUGAAGCCUGUUUCGAAGCUCCCAGUCAAGGCCGGCUUUGAGCAGCUUGGCGUUGCCCCAUACGCUGGUGCACUGAAUGACACCUGGUGGGAUCGUGACCUCGGUAUUGGUGGUCGAGUUCUGGUCAAGGACCCAGACACCGGAAAGGUCGAGACUAAGCUGGUCAAGCUUGACUGGCCCAUUGCUCGUAUCCCCACUCUGGCUCCCCACUUUGGAACCCCCGCGAAUGGCCCGUUCAACAAGGAGACGCAAAUGGUUCCAAUUAUCGGCGUUGAUAACUCGGAUCUGUUUGAGAAGUCACCGACUCAGUCUAUCAACAUCAAGGCUGGAACUUUUGCUGCAACCCAACCCGAGAAGUUGGUGAAGGUUAUCUCCAAGGAGAUCGGUGUCACUGAUUACAGCACGAUUCUGGAGUGGGAGCUGGAACUCUUUGAUAUUCAGCCCGCUCAGUUUGGUGGUUUAGAAAAGGACCUGAUCUUCGCCGGUCGCAUUGAUGAUAAGCUUUGCUGCUAUGCUGCUCAGGAGGGUCUCUUGGCUUCCGAUGAUAACAAGUCACCUGGUAUCGUGAAGGCCGUCGGCAUGUUUGACGACGAGGAAAUUGGUAGUCUUCUGCGCCAAGGUGCCAAGUCAAACUUCAUGGGCAGUGUCAUUGAAAGAAUCACUGAGGCCUUUGCAACCCAGAACUACGGUCCCAACCUCCUUUCACAGACUGUUGCGAACAGUUUCCUGGUUUCAUCCGAUGUCAUCCAUUCCGUCAACCCCAACUUCCUCAACGUUUACUUGGAGAACCACUCCCCACGCCUUAACGUUGGCGUGACGGUCUCUGCUGACAGCAAUGGCCACAUGACCACCGAUAGUGUCAGCUCUGGUAUGCUGAAGGAAAUCGCAUCCCGAUGUGACUCGAAGCUACAGGUCUUCCAGAUUAGAAACGAUUCUCGCAGCGGUGGUACUAUUGGUCCUAUGACCAGUGCCCAGAUCGGUAUGCGAGCCAUCGAUUGCGGUAUCCCACAGCUCAGCAUGCACAGUAUUCGAGCCACCACGGGUAGACUGGAUCCCGGACUUGGCGUGAAGCUGUUUAAGGGUGUUUUCGACUAUUACGAGGAAGUUGAUAAGGAAUUUGCCGACUUUUAA